AUUAUAAGGGCUUGCAAUACUCCCAAAUAAAACCUACGAUACAGAGAACGGAGAAGGAGAGAGAGAUCGAGAGAUCAAAAAUUGCACGCUUUAAAAACUAAAACCCAAAACGUUAGACACCAUUCAAGAUGGAGAAGAGUACGAGUUUUUGAAUUGACUAAUCUCACAACCGAGCCGAAGCGUUGUGUUUCUAUGUUUCGAAAGCUUGGAACGGGUUUAGAAAACAGCGAUCAAAGAUUUUUGUGGGUUGUGAGAAAUCCACCGCCAGAUAAGGAUAAAGAUCCAAACUUCUCAUUUGGCCGAUUAAGCAAACCGCUUCACUAUUUUUCCUACCGUUCUGUCACUUCGUCGAAACCUUUACCGGGUUAAGUCUGGGCAGCCACCACCGUAGUGCAGCCGGAACUAUUACCGGAUGUAAUUUCCCCGUGAUUGGUUGGAGAUUUGGAGUUGACAGAGUACCUCUUCACUCUCUUUAAAGCAAUCUUUCACUAACACAGAACAGUUGUUAAAGAGAGAGAGAAAUCCGAGGGUUAGCAAGUUUUUUGGCCUUGCAGAGAAAGAGAGAGAGAUAAAUCUGAAGGUCGCUGCCACCAUUUGGCCAGCAUCCCGCCACCGUCAAACUCAAAUUUUAAUGAUGGGGUUAUUCGACAAUGAAAUGGGCAACAAUGGCUUUCAUUGAUAGUAUUGCACCACAAUUUCAGAUGAAUAAGCAACAAUCCUCCAAGAACUUCUCUGGCAUUUCCUACCCAAAUAUCAACCCAACUGUAUAUAAUUUGAUGGUCUCUAUGUUAGAAAUAUUGCUCUAAUGUUGCCUGUUCUCCACUUCUAUAGAAGCUGCCGAAACACCAUCGGACUUGGUAAUGCUACAGUCUUUUUUGCCCUUCUUCAAUCAACCAGGUAAGAAGUGACUUUAGGCGUUGGAAAAGGAAAACGAUUGGGAACCUUCCCUCACUUCAUUUCCAACUUUAAAGCAAAACACUUUCCUUCCGGACAUUCCCGUUCCCAACAGAGAUGGCAGACAGUGUUGUUACUUUCCUGUUGCAGAACCUGACUCAGUUGCUCGCCCAAGAAUCAAAACUGCUUGGUGGAGUGGAGAAUCAAGUCAGGUUACUUCAGAAUGAGCUGUCUCUGAUCAACGUCUUCCUCCAAAAUACUAAAGGGAAACGACAUGGCAAUGAGUUGGUGAAGCAGGUAGUAAGCCAAAUCAGGGACGUAGCCUAUGAGGCUGAGGACGUUAUCGAUACAUUCAUUGUGACUGUGACAAAGCACAGAAGAAGAAGCAAGCUGAGGAAGGUAAUCCAUUGCUUUGACCGAGCUAUAGCGCUUCACGAGGUUGCAAACAAGAUAGAGAGCAUCAAGACUGUCAUCAAGGAAAUCUAUGACAAUCGGAGCAAGUAUGGCAUAGAAAUAGCUGAAUCAUCUAGAGGAGAUGCAGAAGUGGAGGAGAUACUGCACAGACGCAGGAGAUAUGUAGAGGAAGAUGACGUGGUGGGCUUCAAUUAUGACACAAAGGCAUUGAUGAAGCACCUUAUUGAAGGGAGUUUGCAACGUAAUGUUGUCUCAAUCAUUGGCAUGGGUGGCUUAGGAAAAACCACCCUUGCUAGGAAGAUCUACAACAACAAUGAUGUCAAGAAUUACUUUGAUGUCCGUGUUUGGGUUUAUGUCUCCCAAGAAUAUAGAAUCAGAGAGUUGUUGGUUGAAAUUUUGAAGGGUGCGACUCCAAGGCCAAAACUGAAAAAAUUUAUCUUGAAAGCAGAAUUGAAAGACGAAUUAUUCCAUGGUUUGGAAGCUAUGUAUAGCUCGAAUAAGGAUAAAUUGAAAGGGACACUAAUCGAAGACUUGAAAGUUAUCGAGGAAAUGAGUGAUGAAGAAUGCAAAAAGACAUUGUUUGAAGUCUUGAUGCUGAAGAAUGCAGAGGACCAAAUACAAGACCAUAUAACGAAAAUUUCACAAGACCAAAAAUUGAAUAAAUUGUUGUCGCGUUUUGUGAAAGGUAUUUACAAAAAGAAUGGGGAUGGAUGGCAAGAUUUGAAUGAUAAUGAAUUGAAAAGUGGGCUGUUCGAAUGCUUGAAAGACAAGAGGUACCUAAUUGUCAUGGACGACAUCUGGAAAACUGAACUAUGGAAUGAGAUAAGUACUGUCUUUUGUGAUAACUUGAAUGGAAGUAGAAUAUUGAUCACUAGCCGAAUAAAAGAAGUAGCAUUACAUGCAAGUAGUUUUAAUAGUAUUCCUCCUAUUCCCCCUUAUGAACUCCCUUUUCUUAAAGAAGAUAAUAGUUGGGAACUCUUCUCUAAGAAGGUGUUUCGGGGUGCUACAUGUCCUCCAAAACUUGAAACAGUAGGUAGAAAAAUUGUCAAAACUUGCCAUGGUUUACCACUUGCUAUUGUGGUAUUGGGGGGUCUAUUGGCGAAUAAGGAGAAAACACACCGAACAUGGUCAAAAUAUGCUGGCCAUGUGAAUUCGUAUUUGACUGAGGAUAGAUCAAGUUGCAUAGACAUAUUGGCUCUAAGCUACAACCACUUACCCCAGUGCUUGAAACCUUUCUUUCUAUAUUUUGGCAUAUACCCAGAAGACUUUGAGAUACCGGUGAGGCAACUAUUCCGACUUUGGAUAGCCGAGGGAUUCAUACGGCAAAUUGGGAGCAGAAAUAUGGAGGAUGUUGCUGAAGACUACUUGGAGGAACUCAUUGAUUGAAGCUUGAUUCAAGUGGCAACGAAAAGGCUAGAUGGAGGAGUCAAAACAUGUCGUAUCCAUGAUCUUCUACGAGACCUUUGUAUAUUGAAGAGUACUGAAGAGAAGUUUCUUGAGGUUCAUUCAGAUGUUAACCUUUCAGCCAAAAGCAUCUCUCGUAGAAUUUCCAUCCACUAUGCCAACCAGCCAUAUAUUUCUUCCAGCCCUUGUAAGCCUUCAAAUAGUCGUUCUAUAAUAGGCUUUGGGGGUGUUGUCGAGCUCGAGAGUCCUCCUGAUAAUUGCUACUUGGAAUGGAUUUGCAAAAGUAACAAAUUGGUUCGGGUGGUAGAGCUCAGUAAUAUGGGCAUUUGUUGCUUAAUCCCCAACAGGAUUGAAAACCUGAUCCUUUUGAGGUACUUGAGCAUUAAAUCUGGUGAGCUUGGUGUCAUUCCAGAUUCCAUAUGCAAACUUUGCAAUCUAGAGACACUGGACAUGAGAAAUUCUAUAAUACGACGCUUGCCCAGGGGGAUAUGGAAGUUACAAAAAUUGAGACAUUUGUACCUGGAUGGGCGAACAUCUCUACCUAUUACUGACAAUGACGCAGCAUUGCCUAAUAUUCAAGUCCUUACUGGUAUAGCUGUAAAUCAAGACAUUGAGAAUCUCUUUGCCAAGGGCAGAUUUCCUAAUGUAAGAAAAUUAGCAUUGUAUUCUUCAAGAGCAUUGGAGUCAAAGCUUUUGUCAAGUCUCCAUCCCUUGUGUCAUCUACAAACUUUGAAGAUUUACUUUGAUCUUUUCGAGGUUUCAAGUCCAAUUUCAUUCUACUUGACCCUCACAAAGAUAACCUUACUUUGUGCAAGCUUAUCUCCAGCGGGCUUGGGAGUGUUGGGUAGCCUUACCAACCUUCGAAUACUCAAGGUACGAGGUGUCAUGGAUGUCCGGUUCCAGUUCACCCUUGAUUGCAAUGAAAGUAGUUUUCAUCAACUCGAAGUCUUGAAAAUUGAAAAAGGAGAUGUUUUACAAUGGACUAUGGAGAAAGGUGCAAUGCCAAGCCUUCAACGCUUGGUCAUCAAGCGUUGUGACUUUCAUAUAAUGCCCCCCAAGGAACUAUGGUGCUUGACUGCCUUGCGGGAUGUGGAAGUUUCAUAUCCCUCUCAAAAAUUGGCAAAGAUGAUUCAACAGUUGCGGAUGAGGGAUGGAUGUAAGCUCCAUGUCUAUCCACCUAAUUGAGAAAAAGAUUCUUAAUUUGCUGUGCUAUGCUUUGGUGGGGGCUGAGGCCUGAGGGGUCAAUGGUCUUAUGCUUAUGUGAUUGUCUCUUCUUCAUUUUCCUAAUCACCCUAGCUUGUUAUGCCUAAACUGCCCUUUUUAAAAAUAAAUUUUUUUAUUUAAAAAAAAUCCUUCCAAUAAUUUAUUAUGUUUAUGGUGAUAAAUUUGCUCAAAAAAAGAAGAAGAAAUUGGUGAUAUAUCCAUUUGGGUUUGGAGGAAGGUCUUUGGGACACUACUUAAUCAAAAAAUUUUAAGUUUUUAUGUU